CGGGCUCUCUUGUUUGUUUAUUUAUUAUUUGGCGGGUAGCAUCUUUGCCCACAAUUAAUCUCAACGCGCGUGUUGGUGUUGUUGCAGUGCUUCCUGGCCGCACUCGCUUUGCCUUAAGGAUCUUCCAAGUUGCCACGUUCGAUCGUCUUCAUCAGUUCUUGCACAACCACCUGCAGAGGCUUCGAUGGAGGUACCAUGGGCGCCCUCCCUCGCGGUCCUGCUGGCCACCGCCCUCUUCCUCGUGGCCGUUCUCCUUCGCCACCGGCAGCAAGCGCGCAAGUACAACAUCCCGCCUGGUCCUCGGCCAUGGCCGGUGAUCGGCAAUCUUAACCUCAUAGGCCCCCUGCCACACCGCUCCAUCCAUGCGCUCUCGGCGCGGUAUGGCCCGCUCAUGUCCCUCCGGUUUGGUUCCUUCCCCAUCGUCGUCGGCUCCUCCCUUGAGGCGGCCGAGUUCAUCCUGAGGACGCACGACCUAGCGUUCCUCGACCGGCCCCGGAUGGCCUGCGGCAAGUACACCGUGUACAACUUCUCCGGCAUGCUCUGGUCACACUAUGGUCCAUACUGGCGCCAGCUACGCAAGCUAUGGCUGACGGAGCUUCUUAGUGCGAGGCAGCUCAGGCUGACAGAGCACAUCCGUGGCGAGGAGGUGCGCGCCAUGCUGCGCGACCUGCAUCCGAGCACCUCCACCGGGCGCACGGUGGUGCUCAAGGACCGCCUUCUCAUGGUGACCCUCAACGUCAUCUCGCGCAUGGUGCUUGGCAAGAGGUACGUCGGUGAAGGGGCUAGCUCGGCCUCGGCGGCGAAGCCGGAGGAGUUCAGGUGGAUGAUCGAGGAGAUCUUCUUCCUCAACGGCGCGCCUCACAUCGGGGACAUGAUCCCGUGGCUUAGCUGGCUAGACCCGCAAGGGUACGUCAGCAGGAUGAAGAGGCUGAGCAAGAUGUUCGACCGAUUCAUCGAGCACGUGCUGCGCGAGCACAACGAGCGGCGGCUGCAAGAGGGCAAGGCGUUCGUCCCCAUGGACAUGGUCGACCUGCUGCUACAGCUCGCCGAUGACCCCACCCUUGAGGUCCCCAUUACUGGCGACGGUGUCAAGGCAUCCGUUCUGGAGCUCAUCGCCGGCGCCACGGACACCUCGGCCGUGACUGUGGAGUGGGCCAUGUCUGAGCUCUUGAGGAAGCCCCAUGUCCUCGCCAAGGUCACUGAGGAGUUGGACCGUGUGGUCGGCCGCGACCGCCUAGUCGCUGAGGGUGACAUCUCCAGCCUCCCGUACCUGGAAGCCGUCGUGAAGGAGACCAUGCGGCUCCACCCUGUGGUACCCCUUCUGAUACCGCGGGUGUCUCGUGAGCACACGUCCGUAGCAGGCUAUGAAAUCCCGGUGGGCACACGCGUGCUCGUCAACGUCUGGGCUAUCAGCCGGGACCCGACUGUGUGGGGGGAGACGGCCGCGGAAUUUCAGCCGGAGCGGUUCCUUGGGAGCAAGGUGGAUGUCAAGGGCCACGACCUGGAACUGCUACCUUUUGGUGCUGGGCGCAGGAUGUGCCCAGCCCACGGCCUUGGGCUCAAGAUGGUUCAGCUGGUGCUGGCAAACUUACUGCACGACUAUGCGUGGAGGCUCCCCGACGGCGUGGCGGCUGAGGCGCUGAGCAUGGAGGAGAAGUUUGGCAUAUCUGUGUCUCGCAUGCACCACCUCCACGCUUUCCCUGAGCCCAAUCUUUUGGAUCACCUCUAUUUCGGGCCAUGAAACGUUACUACUAGCUUUAGUUUGAUGUGUGCUCGAGUGUAUGUACACGUACUGGUUUACUUUCACCUCGGAUGUUUAUGGGUUGUAUGCAUUAUGGUAUGCAGAGGCCGGAACUGAUCUCAGCAUGAUUGUAUCGUCUUGAUGUAAUGAUCAGAGUUUAGUAAAAGCUUCCUUAUCUAAAACUUGCGGAUGUUUCUAUGUAUGGAUUGCUCAUGUGUGCAUAAAAAAUUUCUAUGAC